AUGCAGCAUCAUCCCCAUCACUCACAGCAGGGUCCUCCACCUCCGCACCAUCUGUCACAGCAAUCUCGACCCUCGAGUAUCGUUCACCAGCACCACCAGCAACAACAGGUCCCCCCCCAGCAGUCCCAACACUCGAACCCGUACCCUGCUUCCCAUCUCCCGCAAUACGCCCAGAGCGGCGCGCCAGGUGCAGGUGGCCAGCAUCCACAGGAGCUGCCAUACUACACGUCGAAUUCUCACCCGAGUCCCUAUAGCACCCCCAGCGCGACCGGCACAUACUCAUCUGCUGCCCCAGACACGCCCGACAUCAUGGCUGCGGCGCAGAUGACCCGACCAUACCCUCCCAUCUCAUACCAUACCCCCCAGUCGAACUCGCCAGCUUCUGUCGCCUCGCCUUCCGGCCAUGACCAGCACCGAAUCUACGCGCCAACUUCUCAGUUGCAACAAAACCCCCAGAUGUACUACGGGGGCCCUCAGCAACAGCAAUACCCACAGUUGCCGCCCCAAAAUGCCCCGUCGUACGCCCCGCACCCGCAGCAGCAGCAACAACAUCAUCAAUCCAUGACUUCUCAGCCGAACCUCCUCAUGUCCCACACGCCCAGCCAGCAGCACCAGAUGCAGCAGCACCCUGGUCAGCAGCAACACGCCCAGCAGGCUAUGAGUGGGAGCCCGAGAACCAAGAUUGAGCCGCACGUACCUCAGAUUCCCCGACCAUCUGCGCCUCUGGGACCGCCACAGCAGCAACAGCAGCAGCAGCACCCUGCAAACGGCCCGCCCAUGCAACAAAACGGCGCGCCGAAUGCUGGGAACGCUGGCGUCAACCCCAACGCUGCUCCAGGUCCGAUCCCGGCCACUACGCCCCUGGUCGUUCGUCAAGACAAUAAUGGGGUUCAAUGGAUUGCGUUCGAGUACUCGCGGGACCGCGUCAAGAUGGAGUACACCAUCAGAUGCGACGUCGAGUCUGUCAACGUUGAUACGCUGACUCCCGAGUUCAAGACGGAGAACUGCGUGUACCCGCGCGCGUGCUGCAGCAAGGACCAGUACCGUGGCAACCGACUGAUCUACGAGAACGAGUGCAACACGGUCGGUUGGGCCUUGGCCGAGUUGAAUCCAUGCCUUCGCGGCAAGCGAGGACUGAUCCAACGAGCUGUCGAUAGUUGGCGUAACAGCAACCAAGACCCGCGGUUGAGGAGCCGACGUGUGCGCCGCAUGGCCAAGAUUAAUAAUCGCAAAGCCGUUCAAGCCCCUCAGCCUCCUCACAUGCCUGGCCCCAGCGGCCCGCCAGGGAUGCCACCAUCGGGCCACAUGGGCCCGGGCGGUGCGAGCAGCAUGGGCAAACCCAGCUUGAGCGGGAUGGGCGGUCCGCAACUCCACCAUCACCACAACCACCCGGACGGAAGCACUGGAGGAGGAGGGGAUGACGUCGCGGGAGGGCACUGCAAGGAGCUGCUGCAAUGUUGCUUUGAGCAGCUGGAAGAGAUCUUCAUGUAUACAUACUACCUCAUUGGACUUUUGGCUUGGGACUUCUCGCUUGCCAUGGGCGUGGGCAUCACCUCCACCACUACACAUACCACAUCCCAAAGUCAUGUCUCCAUGUACAACUACAAUGACGGAUACAUGGACGAGGAUUCGCAGCACCACCAUCACCACCAAGCUCCCCCCGGCGCCCCCAACUCCGCCGUCCCGCAGGACAGCAUCCGGGACUCCCACAACUUCCAUGGCUACGCCGGCGCCAGCUCGUACCCUCCUCUCCCUAACCUGACCGGCGCCUCCAUGCCCCCCUCCACAUCCAUGCAUGCCAGCCCCCACCCGCCGCACCCCAUCUCUGUGCGCGGAACCCACACGAAAUCGCACGCCAAAGGUGGCGAGGAGAUGGCGGAAGAGGAGCGCCUCUCCCUCUUUGGUGACAUCCCCGAGGCGAAGAAGCGCAAGUUCAUACUGGUCGAUGACCCCGGCAAGGGCGGCCGUGUCCGGGUGCGCGUCACUCUGGACACGGUCGAUACCGACGAGAUCCCUGAUUCCUUCCGCAAGAGCAACUCCGUGUUCCCCCGCUCCUGGUUCCCCAUCCAAAUGCAGAGUCCCCCUCCGAGUGCUCACGGUAGUCGCUUCUUUACCGAGCUCGACGAUGACGAUACGGUUGAGACUGAGGGGCGAGGAAUGAGAGGUCGAGGGGCGAGAAAGGGCAAGCAGAUGGUCUCGGUGUUGCUCUCUGUGGGGGGCGAUGUGGAGGUGGGCGUCCCGCGCAUGAGGAAGAGUGUGAGGAUCAAGGAAGUCAAGUUGAAUGAUCUGGGGUACCGGAUGACAUGGCAUCAGUCGAGGGUGUUUGCGGAUAAGACUGUGUUCUUACAGAAGGCUUUGGACUCCUACCGGAACAAAGUCCGUAGCACGAUGGAGCAGACGGGCAAGGAUGUUGCGGCUAUCGCGCCACACUUCGAGACGCGCGUCGGCAAGAGACUGUGGAACGAUCGGAGCAAGAGGGAGCGAACGAGUGAUGAUUCUUAA